CUCACUACUUCCGCCAUUGGGUUAUCUCUCCCUCUCAAGUCCGAGCAAAAAUAAAAAGAAAAGAGUUUGUCACAAGAAUUGAGAAUGUCGAGGUGAAAUGUGUUAAAAAGUGCACAAAGUGUGAAGUGGAAGUGUCUGAGAGCCAUUCCUGCAGUCAUCUGCUUGGAAAAAUCCCUGCAACAGUGAAAUUUUCCGUGUCCCAGUUUUUCUGCUCAACAAAAAAGUGCGAGAGAGAGAGGAAGAGAGAUCUUGGCUGUUUGGUGUAACAAGAAGAAAAAAAAUUAACACCCAAAUUUUGAGGUGUUUUCACCAAGUUUGCGUGAAUUUGUUGUGAUUAUUGGGGGGAAGAGUGCUCGGGUGACACAAAAAGCAUGAUCCUGCGGUAGAAAAGGGGGAUUUUCCAUGCGAAAAUUGAACACAAAAAAAGAGAACCCAUUUGGAAAGUCCAUGAAAAUUGAGUGCGCAGUGGGGAAAAGUUGGAGUGUGUGACUCCCAUUGUGAAGGCUGGCUGCACUUUUUGAGUGAAAAAAAAAAGCCCACAGAAAAGGCAAGAUCUUGCGAAGAAUUGUCCUUUCUGGGUAAAAACAACAAGAAAUAGAGCUGCUUGCGUGAGAGUGUUGCAAGAUAUUGCGUAAAUCAUUGUGAGUGCAGGCACUGAAGGCACAAGAGGAGAGAAGGAAAAGAUUGUGGAAGGAAAAAAAAAGAAACAGCAAAAGAUUGGAGCAGAAUCAGAGGAAUUAUCGUAUCCGGAGUGGAAAUUCUACUAUCUGUGAGAACACUGAAGUCACAAGUGGGGCAUUUUGUGGUGGAGAAAGUGCAAUUUUGGGGUAAAAAGCCACUCCCGGAUUACUUUUGAUCUCCCGGAUUCAUAGAGAGUCCCUAUUCAUCUUCUCUACAGCAUCAUCCUAGAGGCUCUGAGGUGCACCCCCAUAGAGGACAACUACCUGCCAGUUCACAAAAGAAAACAAAACCCACAAAAUUGUUUGUGCAAAUUGUCCUCAAAAGAGAAGGAAAGAAAAAAGAAUUUGUUGGUGAUUUACGGUGUGUUUCAGGGCCUGUAAAAGUGGAGGAUUUCACGGAGAAGUCCAUUGAAAUAUUUCCUGUGUGUGCGAGGGAUAUCACACCGAAGAUGUCUUCGAAAAAUAUACCUGCAGAUAAGAUAAAUUUGCGCUUAAUACUCGUGAGUGGGAAAACGAAGGAGUACCUCUUUAGUCCAUCAGAUUCGGCAGGUGAUAUCGCUCAAACUGUGUUUGACAACUGGCCAGAAGAUUGGGAGUCGGAAGCUGUUUCAAAAGCAGAAAUACUAAGGCUGAUUUAUCAAGGUAGAUUUUUACAUUGCAACGUAACACUCGGAGCACUUGGGCUGCCUUUAGGAAAGACAACAGUGAUGCAUUUGGUACCGCGAGAUAAUUUACCGGAACCAAAUUCGCAAGAUCAAAGGCAGAAGAGCAAAGGAGCGUCCAGUAGAUGUUGUUCUGCGACGUGUUGCAUCUUGUAACUAUAUUUUGUUUCAUUAUUAUGUUCUGUAUGUGUAGCAUGUGACGAAGUUGUUCUUCUCUAUGUUGAGAGGAUUGUGCGAGAUAAAAAGUAUACAUAAAUAUAAAAUUAUAAUUAGUGUUUAAAAAAAAGAGAUGAUUUUAUUUGAUUAGAUGAUAAUAAACAAAAAUGAAAAUAUUUUAGAAAAAAAAGUCCACGAUUUGACCAUAUUAAUUCUAAAAGUGUAAAUAUAUUAAACAUUUUAUUUCUUUCUCACAAUAACAUCGACCACACUGUUUAAUUCUAAAAACCCUGGAGACAUUUCAAUCUUUUUGUUUUGUAUUAAUAAAACAAAAAAAAUCGUCCUUCUUCCUCCCUCUUCUGCUGCAUAAUCUCUGGAUAUAAUGAAACAAAAGAUGAUGAAUAUUUUUUCUGUCUAUUUAAAACAAAGUACAUAAUAAUAAAAAAAAAAACAAGCGAUAUAGUGAGAGUUAUUAAGAGAACUAUCCACAAAAAAUUGUCGUGUGAACCAAGUGAAAGAUAAUGGAAAAUUUGCGUUGCAUGAAGUUGUUUUUUAGUGACGAAAGAGAAAAAAAAAGAAACUUUGAAAGAGAGUAUAAAAAAAUGAAGUCUUCUCAAUGAAGUAAAAAUAUCGAGACGUAUUACAUCAUAAAGGUGAAUAAAUUAAGAACUACAAUAAUACAUAUUUACAAUCCCCACAUAGAAAAAUCACUAUAUUGCAGCAGACAAAGUAAAUAAAACGAAUGGUGGAGCGGAGAGCGAGAAAAAAUGAGCAAGAAAAGCUAAUUAGACGAGAUAAAAUAUUUAUAAGGAGAGGUUAAAAAAUUAUGGAGUCCGGAUGUAAAAGUGGCAUGAGACGGAGUGAAAAGGUAAUUAAUUUAUUGUUGUUCCUAGGAAUUCUACUGAUGAUGUAAAAGGAAGAAGAAAAAAAAAAACGAAUUCUUUAGGAUUGGAUAGGAAUAUGUAAAAAAAGAAAAGAGAGAAAUAUGGGGCAAAGAUUAUGCAAAAUUUCUGCCCGAAAAUUAAAGAAAAAGAUAUGCAAGUAAAUGUUUUAAAUGUCUUUUGCUCGAUAGAUGUAUAAUACCUAAUUGUUAUGGGUAAUAAAUUGAUGAUGAGGUGAAAAACAAAUAUAAUACCUACAACUGAUGGGUGUGUACGCAUGAAUACAGUGCAGGCAGAGAAUCUAUGAGAAAAAUUAAAUGAAAUAAGAAUUUCUGCUGAAAUGAAUUCUUGAGUACGCCAAUAGAAUAAAAUAUUGCAGCAAACCAAUACUGGCUAUCCCAGGUGAACAAUGUGAAAAUGUACUGAGUUUGCUUACUCUAAAAUUAAAGGGUGUUUCAAGAUUUUUCAUUCAAGUCUCCAUUAAAUUUACUGAUCAAUUAAAAUCUGAGAAUGUAAAAUUUUCCUUAUUCAAACAUUUGUUUUAAGGGGGGUCUCUUGUGAAAAAUGUUAAAAUUUACACAUUUUUAAUGUUAUAAGUUUUGGGGUUUCUCUUAAACUUGGUUUUCCAAUGUUGGUUACAUUUGUAGCCUAAUUAUUGAAGUGUAAGAAAAUCACUUUUCGCCAUCUUAGGUGCGACGCCAUCUUGUAAUUUUCCGACUUUUCCACAGAACUGGCCUAAAACACAAAGGUAGGUUUUUCUCAGGAUCUACUGGAUGGAAUUUGAUGGGGUAAAAAGCAAAUGGAAGAGGAAACACCAAUGCAGAUUUUGAUGUAGCGGAAUUUUGAAUUUCCUUUCUGGGGCUGAGAAAAGUGCAAAAAUGUCAAAAACUUGUGAACAAAAGUCACAUUUUUCCACUUUUCUCAGCCCCAGAGUGGAAAUUCAAAAUUCCGCUACAUCAAAAUCUGCAUUGGUAUUUCCUCUUUCAUUUGCUUUUUACCCCAUUAAAAUCCAUCCAAUAGAUCCUGAGGAAAACCUACCUUUGUGUUUUGAGGAAAAUCUCAAGAUGGCGUCGCACCUAAGAUGGCGGAAAGUGAUUUUCUUACUCUUCAAUAAUUAGGCUACAAAUGUAACCAAUAUUGGAAAACCAAGUUUAAGAAAAACCCCAAGAAAAAUAAAGAAAAUUUAAUUUCACCAGCUCUCACAAGAGACCCCCCUUAAGUUAUUUUGCUCUUAAAAAUUGAUUUUUCCCCUGUACUAAAAAUACUACAUAAAUCUCGAAGCACCCUGUACACAUUCAAUAUCAAUAAUUGAAAAAUAAAAUUGAUUUUAUAUCUACCAUAAAUGUCUUAAAAUGUGAAAAUGCAUCUAUAUUUGUGAAGAAAAAGAGCGAAGAGCAUAGAUAAAUAGCCAAAAAAAACUACCUAACUAUUUCUGAGAAGAAGACAUUUGAAUAUUUUGUAAAUAGUAAAAUUUAGAGAGAAGAAAAAUAGAUGAAUAAUCUUUAAAUUGAACAAUGUAAUUGAAAAAAAGAAAGAAAAUUAAUACUCCGAUGCAUAUCUCAUUUUUAUCUCAUAAAAUUUAUUUUGACAUUGCUGCAAGACUUUGUGCCAAAAAGGAUCUUUUUCAAAUAUUAAAAAAAGGGAGGGUUUCUGUCAAAAGUCUUUUAUUUUUUCCUAUUGAUUCGACAGUUGAAAGAUUUUUGGUAUUCUAUGAAAAAUAUAAAAGAUUUUGAAAGUUAACUUCUUUAUUUAGUGAAAUUUUAAAAGGAAAAAGAACAUUUCUGGAACCUUUUAAAAAAAAUAUUGUUGAAAAUUUUCUGAAACAGAAAAUCUCAAUAUUCUUCUUAAAAAUACGAUUUAACCCUUUCGCGUCCACGUGAAGCAUAGGAGCAAGCAUGAAAACAUUCGAUCUUCUUUUCAUGAUAUUUCUUCUAUGGGUGAUCUCAGAGGACGUUUCUAUGUCAGAACGUUUUCUUUGGACCCAUUUACGUAAAUCCAACACAUUUCUAACCUGUAAAAACAAAUAAAUUCAAUGAAAUUCGUAAAACAAUUAGAAUGUUUAACGUUUAGGUCAACGUGAAGAACGUCAAAGGAUUAAAAACUCCCAAAUCUCAAAAUCUAACAAUUUGCAAGAAAAUAAAUGUUUUUUGACAGAAUCAACCCCGAAAAAUAACAACUUUGCCCGAAAAUAUUAUAAAAAUUCAGAAAUAAUUUUAAUUUUUCAUUUUUAAAUAUUUUUUAUGUAAAUCACAAAAAUUUUCAUAAAUUUUUCAAUGAAAAAAAUAACAUAUGUAUGCGUAAUAUAGAAUCCAAUUAUUUCACCAGACGAUUUCCGAGAAGAUCCAGGAAAGUCUCAAGCGAUCAUUGCCAUUUAAUUGUUCCUAAAGCUAUUUCAAUAUUCAGACACAUCUGAAUUGUUAUUUUGAUCUUCCAUUACAUUGAAAAAUGCGUUAUUGUUCUGUUUACCUAUAUAACGAAUAAUUUACUGUGAGAGUGAUUACAGUAAAGGUUUUUUUUUUCAUUCUUGUUUGGACAUUCUCUAUGCUUUUGUCCAGGUUUCUCAGUAGUAUUGCUACAUUUUUUAAGCUAUACUUGUAGUUUUUUAUUUCUGAUUUAUUCUCUGACAAAGUUGAGAUUUUACGCGGAAAGUGAGAUUACGCAAAUACAAACGCGCCACAGUUGCUAACAGUGUUUCACAAAAGAUAUGGGACAAUGGGAUCUUUCGUUAAAUUAAUUUAAAGAGUCUUAUGCAGAGUACAAGGGCUCAAUUUCCUGCAUGUAACCAAAAUUUGUUUUUAAAAUAUUCUAGGGAAUGGUCAAGGAUUCAAGGAAAGUGGGAUACUUUCUGGGAAAAUUGUUGGAAAACAUACAAAUUUUUUAGAUGAAAAUUCUUAAGAAAAAAACUUUUCAUUUUCUUGUUUGUUAUAUUUUAUAAUUGCUAUAAAUUGAGAAAUUAAUCAACAUUGAAUUAGUCAACGUAAGUUCUUCCGGAUUUUUAUGUUUUACAACUUCUUGAUCGGAAAAUGAUCACAGUUUUCAUCAAAUUAUUUUUAACAUGUCCUUCAAUAAUUUAAAAUCUAAUUUUGGUUACAUGUAGGGGACUAAGCCCUUGUAAUCUGCAUCUCUUUGAACGUUAUUAAAUUUGUAAAAUAAAUAAAAAUUAAAAGUUUUUUCUUACAAUUAGUUAAAUUUUUUUAUUCAAAUUAGAAUUUCGUGUUUUUGAUAGUUAAUAUUUUUAAAUUGUUAUGGUUAUUUUUUGAAAUUAAAAAAAAACAUUCUUAAAUAUUCAAUUUUUACAAGUUUUGUUAAAUUUGUUCUUGAACUUUCAUUGUCCCUAAACUUUUGCUCGUCACUGCAAAAUGAAAUGAGAAACAAAAAUAAUGUGUUCAGUUUGCAAGCAGGUUCAUUUUCGUUUUGUUUUAUAGAGAAAAAUCCGCAGUGAAAGAAGAAGAAAGAGAACGUGAGAAAGAGACGAAGAAAAUUGUAAAGAAAUUAAGUAAUAUCUGUGAUAUGAUUCUUCAGUAAUUUCUCCAUUUUUUUUUCCAUCAUACACCCCUCCCCCCCAUUCCUCGCUGCACAAGCAAAAAACCUUUUCAUUCAUCAACACUUUUUUUCUUUCAUAUAUUCAAUACAUUUCAUUCUCCUUUGCACCCUCACUCUAAUUGGAGUAUUAAUUUCAAUAGUAUAAUACAUAAUUGCAAAAGCAAAUGCUUAAUUUAUUCUCAUUGAAUGCAAUUACCCAUUACCAUCUCCUUUUGGCAUCGUGAGAGGAAAAAUAAGAGAAGAAAAACUUUUAGCACACACUGCAGGCAAAAAAAAAGAGUGCAGUGUAGAAACAUUCGUCGUGGUAUAUAUAUAGUAGUUAAAAUGGGAGAUAGAUAAUUAUAAUGUGUAAUAAAAUUGCAUGUUUAAAUAUAUAUUUAAGCAUAUAAUAUAUAUUUGUAAAAGUAUAUAAACAUAGCUGCAGCAAGCAAGUGUUUAUUAUUUCAAUACGUUCACGUGUCAUUCAUUUUUUAGGCAAAAAAGACAAUGUUUGAGGGCUAAUCAUGCCACAGAAAAUCAACGAAACCUCUCGUUUUAACCAUUUUUUUCCGUUAAAUUAGUGUUUUUUUUUUAAAUCACAUUCACAUAAUAAUGGAAAAUAAAUUUUGAAAAAAAAAGAAAUAUAUAAGAAAGGUUUCUUAAAACUGUUUUAUUCACAAUUUUAAAGUUUCAAAAAUGUUGAAAAAUUAAUUCUAAAAGAAAAAUUAUAUAAAAUGAUAAAUAUAAUAAAAAACAUCGAAUAGAUUUUCACUUUUUAUUAUUUUUUUUGUGUUUUUAAGCUCUCCAACCCCCAAAGAAAACAACACAUACAGUUUCAAAGUCGUUGACUUUUCAAGUGAAAUUAAAUUAGAAUUAAAAGAAAAACAGCAGUUCUUAGAAAAUUUUCAACUUUUUUUCUUUAGAUAAAUUCCAAUUCUCAAAAUGAGACCGUUAUUAUGAAAAAAAAAUCAAAUUCUAAGCUUUUAAAAGAAAAAAAAAAGAAAAAUUUAUUAUUAUUAAAAAAUGAGAUAGUCUAAUUAAUAAAAAGAAAAAAAUGAGAGAUUUACUGAAAAAAAAUAUGAGUUAAAGAUAUUUAAAUUUGCCGUAAUAACUUUUGCUGAUAAGUAAAGAGAAAAAAAUAUAAAACACGUAAUGGUGGCUCGAGAGUGUUGAGAAAAGAAUUGAUAGAGAGAACGAGGUGAGAAAGAAAUCUUAAUAAUAAUUAAAUAAAUCAAAGAGAUGAUGAUAGAAUGUGAGCGAGUGUGUAAAUAAAUGUAUAAAUUGCCCAUUUUUGUUGUGACAGAAAUUAUCCUCAGAAAUACAGUGGAAAUGUAUGAUUAAUUAA